CCCUAUCUGGCUUUCCCAAUGGCCAUGCCCCAGACUGGCCACGCCCCGGUUCCCCGGGUCUCGCUCCCACACCAGCUUCGGUGAGCGAGUCCAGAAGGGACGCAGCACAUCAGCUGUCCGCCGGCCCCCGGCCCUCGCCCCGCGCCCAUGGCCGCGCCGAGACCCCACACCUUGCGGGCUGCGCUCUGUGGAGGCUGCUGCUGCCUUUUUCUGUGUGCCCAGCUCGCGGUGGCUGGUAAAGGAGCUCGAGGCUUUGGGCGGGGAGCCUUGAUCCACCUGAACACCUGGCCUGCUGUCCAAGGGGGCUGCAAACAACUGGAGCCCUGUGAGCGGUGUGUGGAGGGGGACAAAGCACACAACCGCUCAAGCUGCGUGUGGCAGCAGUGUCAGCCAGAGGAGCCAGGACACUGUGUGGCCCAUGCUGAGGUGGCCAAAGAGGGUUGCUCUGUCUACAACCGCUCAGAGUCCUGCCCCGCUGCCCACCACCACCCCACCUAUGAACCAAAGACAAUCACAACAGGGAGCCCCACAGUUCCGGAAACCCACAGCCCUGGCUUUGAUGGUGCCAGCUUCAUCGGGGGUGUGGUGCUGGUACUGAGCCUGCAGGCAGUGGCCUUCUUUGUGCUGCGCUUCCUCAAGGCCAAGGACAGCACUUACCAGACACUGUGUUGGCUGGGACCAGGACUCAGCCCGGGCUGUGUCUGGGAUCCCUGCUGAGCCCGUGUCUUUGCCCCCUCAUGCUGCCAGCAGGGAGGAGAACCAGUAGGUGAUGGUCCUGGCGAGUCUUCUGCCUGGCUGCUUGCUCCGUAUGGUUUCCUCAGAAAGGGUGGCUGUGCAAGGCCUGUGUGUGUGUGGGGGGGGGGCUUAAUUAAAGUGUUUGCCCUUCCAGCUGCGCCUGUUCUCUGGGGGUGGGGGUCCUCCCCUGGCUGAGACUGGAUCACCCCCCUAAGUAUCCUCUCUGUGUGGCCUCUGCAGAAUCUGACCCCCUUGGGCCUGGACUCCACACUGAGGGGAAGGAGGAUGCAGAGACUGCCCUCCUGGCCACCUUGUGGGCACUGGGUAGAAGAAGCUUUGGCCACCAUUUUCUGGUCCCUGUGGCUA